CCGGUUCAGUGAGUUGUUGGCCCAAGAACGUGACGGUUGAUUUGUAUAGGCGGAAGACGAGUGGAUCUGUGAUCGCUGAUCGCUAACUCUAGAUGAAAUGAUGCCGGCUCUUUGGCAGUGGCUUCUUUUGGGCCUCCUUCUGCUAAUACCACACCAUUCGGGUGCGGCCUCCAAGAGAGUGAAACUGUGUCUCCAGCCGAUGAUCAGUGGCCGGUGCUUUGGGUAUGUGGAGAGCUUUGCCUACAACCCCAUAAAGCGUCAUUGCGAACCCUUCAUCUACGGCGGAUGUGGCGGUAAUGACAACCGAUUCAGUACCAAAGCCGAGUGCGAGUUCAACUGCCGUGAUAUUUAGAAAUGUCAACCGAAAUGUCAAUUUCUUUACCCAAAUCAACAAAAGUUACGAACAAAUAUGUUUAAGUGAAAUAAAAAUAUAUAUACGAACUGAUGUUUAUAUUACAUAAUAUA